AUGAUCUCUACUAGUACUGCCGCCACCGCCGCUACCAGUAAUAAUAAUGCUACAACUGCAACUACAACAAGUCCAUACUAUCAUCAUGUAAAUCCUCCUAAUUUUACAACACCAAUUGAUCAUCAGCAACAACAAUUACUACCACAACCAAUUUCUUCUCAAUCAACCUCCAUAAAUAACUCCUCAUCAUGGUCAUCCUUGGCUCCACAUGAUAAACGUUUGGCCUAUCAGUCAUCAUCUAGCGGAUCAAAUAACUUAUCAUCUUUUCAUUAUCAACAAUCAAACGGUCCAACAUCAUCAUCAACACGUACUUUAACCAACUCAAAACGUGCUGCUCAAAAUCGUGCUGCUCAACGUGCUUUUCGUCAACGAAAAGAUCGAUAUAUUAAAGAUUUGGAAUCAAAAGCAAAAGAGUUGGAAUCAACAAAAAAGCAAAUGGAUGAGUUGAAAAAAGAAAACAUGGAAAUGUCAUUAACUAUUAAAAAUUUAAGAAAUGAAAUUGAAAAAAUGAAAUCUGCUGACGGCAAUGUUACACCAUCACCAACCUCAUCAUCAAGCUAUUAUGGAGGAAAUUCAUCAACAAAAAAUGACGAUGAUGAUGCAAAUGAAUUGGAAGAACCAUGGUUAAGAGGUAAAGACCACAGCAAUAAUAAUGGUGUAAGAAAAGAUGACACUUCAGUAGAUCCAUGUUUUAGACCCGAUUAUCGCCACCGAAAUAACAAUAGUAGUAGUAAUGGUCAUGGUAGUCCAUCGUUGUCUCCGCCAUCAAUGACCACUGAAAGAAAUCAUCACAGUCAUAAUAAUAAUGGUGACACCAGCGAAGACAAUAAUUAUCACUAUUUAGAUGGAGGAGGUGGUGCUAUGAGAAACGGUGUUUAUGAUGAUCUAUGUGAAUUAUUGAAAACAAGAACAAGACCUAAUAACCUUGGUAAUGGUACGGUGAUGAUACACAAAGUAUUAUAA